AUGGCGACUAAAGCUGAACAUGGAGAGGCUUCGGCAGUGCAGACCAUGAAGCUAAUCGGGAAUCUGGAGAACUUUGUUCCAAGUACAGACUUUGAUGACUACUUGGAGAGAGCGGAAAACUUUUUCGAAUUGAACGAUAUCAAGGAUAACACGUUCAAACGGAAGCUGAUCGUGCACUAUAUCGGGUUGCCGGCGAUGAAAAAGCUUCAGCAAUUAUUGUAUCCUCAAACACACAAAGAGGUUACAUAUGAGAAGGUGAUCGAAAAAUUAAAAACCUACUUCAGUCCGAAGAAAAACCGUAUAGCUCAAUCGGUGGAGUUCUUCAAACGAAAUCAGAACGAAUUCGAAAAAGUAGCAGAUUUUGCAGUUGAACUGCAAGCACUCUCAAAGCACUGCGAAUUUGGUCAAUUCCUCGACAACGCGCUGAGGGAUAAGUUUAUAGCCGGCCUAUGGAACGCCAAAAUCCAAGGCGAGCUAUUAAACAGUACGGACGAUACCACGUUUGAAAAAGCAGUAACCGUAGCAAAGAACCUUGAGCAAAUUGAAGCAGACAUGAUGAAGAUGAAGACCAGACAGGAGUAUACCAAUCGGAUCAACGCUGGACAGUACACAAGACGAGGUCGUUCAAAAACACGUGGCCAGGAAGAAUGUCAGCGCAAUUAUGGGAGCUCGGCGAGACGGUCCCAAUCCAGAAAGAACAUGAACAGACGCGGCAGGAAAGAAAUCACUUGCUACGCUUGCGGUAAGAAGGGGCACUUCGCCAGGAACUGUUGGGGAAAACGAAAUAUGAACGGACUGAUGAGCAGCGACGACGACGCCGGUCUGGUGGAGAGCGACAGUGAAGUCCACCACGUGGCCAAUCAUCCCUUGUUUCGAAAGAUAUGA